GCCUAGCUUUCUAACUAGUUUCUGCUGAAGAAUAAACCACUCUGUUCAUCUGUGAGCAUAUCACAAAUGGUGACUUCUUUUUAAAAAGUCUUGUUUCUGGAAUUGGAAGCUGGAGAAUAUUUGGUCGUCAUUGAAUUUGAACUGUACUGCAGAAUCAUUUCUUCAGCUUUGGCAGCAUGUAAGCAACUUCUUGCCAAGAACCCAGGUCACCGCUGAGAAGGGGGCCUGAGGGAGAAGAAUAUCCAGAGGAAACCAAUGCCAGACGCGUCUGGAAUUACACUCACCACAGGCAGCAUGAGACAUUUUGUGCCAGCAUCUGUGUCCUACUGGCAAAGACCGUCGCUCUCCAGGUAGGAGGGUCCUGGAAGCAGCACGCACCAGGAGCCUCUCCAGAGGAGGAAUGGGGCCAGAUGUGAACUCUCUACAAUGAACACAAUUUUCAGCUUAUGAAGGAAUUUUAAGAAAGCAAUUAUUUAAUUUCCAUAUAUUCAAGUUCAGUAGCCUUCUGUGUGAAGUCCCAGCAGUCAACCCCUCCACGGGAGAUAGCAGGAUUUUUCUGGCACCGGGUUGAACUCUUCUUGGUACUGCUGGCAAUGACAGAUCUUCAGGACAGAUUUAUCUGCUAAAUGCUCUUGAGCAGGAAAAAAGUAAGACUUCUGGAAGCAGCUUAAGGAUAGCAGAGCAGAGAUCCCUCCCUCCUUGCUCACUUUCUCAGAAACUCAGCCUGGACUCGGAUGCUUGUGCUGAAGAUUGAUCCUGCCUCAUUCACCUCCAAAGUCUGUUUCUUCCAGGGAGAUUUGGCAUUUGGGGGCUGCCUCCUCUGCCCUUUUUUAACUUCUUCUCCCAAGCUUCACCUUCAGCAGUCAAAUGAUGUGAACUUUGGAAUGGAGUUUGUUGUCCUUUGGGGACUUGCUUCUGUUGCUAGGCUAGUGCUGUCUGAGAGGACAUUCUGAAGGCUGUCGUCUGUUCUUGGGGAGGAGGGCAUCGGCCUUGCCUGGAUCCUCCACCAUGUUCCUGUUGCUGCCUUUUGACAGCUUGAUUGUCAACCUUCUGGGCAUCUCCCUGACUGUCCUCUUUACCCUCCUUCUCGUUUUCAUCAUAGUCCCGGCCAUUUUUGGAGUCUCCUUUGGUAUCCGAAGGCUCUACAUGAAGACAUUGUUAAAAAUCUUUGCGUGGGCUACCUUGAGAAUGGAAAGAGGAGCCAAGGAGAAGAACCAUCAGCUGUACAAGCCCUAUACCAAUGGAAUCAUUGCAAAAGAUCCCACUUCACUGGAAGAAGAGAUCAAAGAAAUUCGACGAAGUGGUAGUAGUAAGGCUCUGGAUAAUACUCCAGAGUUUGAGCUCUCUGACAUUUUCUACUUUUGCCGGAAAGGAAUGGAGACCAUUAUGGAUGAUGAGGUGACAAAGAGGUUCUCGGCAGAGGAGUUGGAGUCCUGGAACCUGCUGAGCAGAACCAAUUAUAACUUCCAGUAUAUCAGCCUUCGGCUCACCAUCUUGUGGGGAUUAGGAGUGCUGAUUCGCUAUUGUUUCCUUCUGCCACUCAGGAUAGCUCUUGCUUUCACUGGAAUUAGCCUUUUGGUGGUGGGCACAACCGUGGUGGGAUACUUGCCAAAUGGGAGGUUUAAGGAGUUCCUGAGUAAACACGUUCACUUGAUGUGUUACCGGAUCUGUGUGCGAGCCUUGACAGCCAUCAUCACCUACCAUGACAGGGAAAACAGGCCUAGAAACGGUGGCAUCUGUGUGGCCAAUCAUACCUCUCCUAUUGACGUCAUCAUUUUGGCCAGUGAUGGCUAUUAUGCAAUGGUAGGUCAAGUGCACGGAGGACUCAUGGGUGUGAUUCAGAGAGCCAUGGUGAAGGCCUGCCCGCAUGUCUGGUUUGAGCGGUCUGAAGUGAAGGAUCGCCACCUGGUGGCUAAAAGAUUAACUGAACACGUGCAGGAUAAAAGCAAACUGCCGAUCCUCAUCUUCCCGGAAGGAACCUGCAUCAAUAAUACAUCAGUGAUGAUGUUCAAAAAGGGAAGUUUUGAAAUCGGAGCCACAGUUUACCCUGUUGCUAUCAAGUAUGACCCUCAAUUUGGUGAUGCCUUCUGGAACAGCAGCAAAUAUGGGAUGGUGACGUACCUUCUGAGAAUGAUGACCAGCUGGGCCAUUGUCUGCAGCGUUUGGUACCUGCCUCCCAUGACCAGAGAGGCAGAUGAAGAUGCUGUCCAGUUUGCAAAUAGGGUGAAAUCUGCCAUUGCCAGGCAGGGAGGACUCGUGGACCUGCUGUGGGACGGUGGUCUGAAGAGGGAAAAGGUGAAGGACACCUUCAAAGAGGAGCAGCAGAAGCUGUACAGCAAGAUGAUCGUUGGGAACCAUGAGGACAGGAGCCGGUCUUGAAGCCUGCGCCUCGUGCUGGCUGGAGUCUGCACGCCCGAACCCUGAGCGGAGAGCCCGUUGGAGUUGUCACCACAGUCACUGCUGCCACCCCCACUGCUGCAUCCUUUCCAGACUCCAGGCUCUUCGGGCUGCUCUGGAUCCAGGACUCCAGCUUCUUCAGAGCCACCCAGGGCCCCUGGGCUUGCUGUCUGAAGAGAGCAGUGCUGGGUGUCGCUGCCCAGGAUGAGCUGCCUUCUUGUUUCUUUCACAAUAAGUCCGUUGGAGGAAUGCCAUUAAAGCCAACUCCACCUGUGUGGGCUGAGUGGUUGGGACAAAUCGGUCUCGUUUCCACGUUUGGGUUGUUAGAAGGUUAGUCUGUUAUGGAUGCCCAUGGGCCAGGGACUUGCCUGGGCCAGGGUCAACCCCCUCGAGAGGAGAAGAACUGCCGAGGCAAGGUGGUUUGCUGCUUUAGCCCGAACGUCACCCCUAACCGUGGAGCCCUGCAGAGGUGGUAGAAAGAAAACUGUCAUCUUCAGGGGCUUCAGCAAGAUGAAGUUUCCAAUUUUUGUGCUGCUGCCCUCAGGCAGUGCCCAAGGGGAUCGAACAGGCGAAGUGGACCUGCAACUCAUGUGGUAGAAACCCAGAGUUGUUCUGCGUUGAUUCCAGUGCUAUUCCUGAACUGCCAUGUGACUUGCUCUUUGUUAACACGUGCCUCAUUUUCCCCAUCUGUAACCUGGAUCAGGAGGGGGAAGGAUGGUGAAACCUACCUCACAGGGUUGUUGUGGGGAUUAAGUGCUACCAUGAGUGAAGGAUAAGUAAAGCUCAGUGUUACAAGUACAGGGUUAUAAAAUGUGGCAGGAUAAGGUCUGAGGUCAGCACUGCUGCACAGGGCUUUGGAUUUGUUUUUGUGAGUAAAUAAAAUUGUCUUUGAUGGUGAAUGAAUUUAGGGAUUUUUCCCUUCAUUCUUUCUCCCCUAGAUGUAGCUCUAAGCAAGAUGUUUCUUAGCUAAGUUAUAAUUCCCCACCUUGAACAUAAUCCUGGGCCUGUAGGGCAUCUACUUGACUUCUGAAAGAAGGUAUAGUAUUGUUCAGAAGCAGGUAAAUGACUCGUUCCCAUUGUUUGCAUAUCCCUCUGCUUGAUUCAGAAUCUCCAGUACAGACUGGAUGUGGGAUUUCUCUAUGAUGGGUGACAUGGCUGUGAGAGGUGUUGGGUGGGGAACUAUCUUUUUGAGGUGGGAGAAGAUGAUCUUCCAGACGUAAGGACUGUGGGUAGCAACAAGGAAUCUGGGAGUGAGGCAAGAGUAGACUCACAGCAUUCGUGAGGGUGCGUGAUGGGCUUGUGGAUAUUUGGUACACUGUGGGCAUCUGCUUUGGGCUUCCACAGAACCAGAGGGAACUGCAGGCCUUGUGGGCCUUCUCUGCCCACCUACAGUCACCUUGGAGGCAAGUCAACCUCCAGAAUUCUUGUUUCUGGAUCUCUCAACAGAAUUGCCUCACUCUACCAAUUCCCCAUCCAUCUGUCCCCCUACCUUUCCUCUUCCUCCCACAUAGCUGUCAUAACACCUGUCAGUAUUUUAUAGCAGCUGUGGUAAGUGACACCUCUCCAAGGUCUCGCCUGCAUCAUGGGGAGGUGGUGGGAGUGAAGGCCUGCCCCUGCACUCCUUCACUUGUGGCACUUUGUCUUACCUAACCCUUAGCCUAACUCACCCCUUCUGCCCUCCUGUUCCAUCCCCUCCUUAAAGAGCCCUCCACUUCCUCUUUUCUGCCAUUGUUAACCAGUGAAAAAUUAUUUUUUUCUCCUAAAACCACUAUUAUGACUUGAAAGGACAACCUUCUAUAAACUGUUAUACAAAAUAUUUAAACAGUGACUUUCAACCUUUAAAGGAGGUGAUAUAUUAAAAGUGUUUAAAGGACAUCUGGAAUGAUCUUUAAAAACUGAUCUUGAAGAUCAAGUUCCCCUUUUGCCUCCUUUUAAAAAACUUUGUUGUUUAUUUCAUGAUUUUCAAGGUAUUUUUAAAUACUUUCUUUUGGUUUCUCACAUUCUUUUCGACAGGCCUGUCUGCUGCUGAUGACAGCAGAGUAUUUCAAGAACCUGUUUUAGAAUCACUGCUGUGUACAGAAGUGCUUGUGGAAAUUAAAUAAUCUUCCCCUACUAUAAAGUGAGGCAAAGGGAUGUGAAUUACACCCCCAAAAAAGAAGUCUCAAGUUUUUUAUUCAGUGCCUGAUAGAAGAAUGUAGACUUCAUGAAACUGAUUCAUCCUUUUUAUUGGGGACCCUAUAGGCCUUAAGCUACCUGUCAGAAUAUUUGGGUUAGGAUAAUUGAGUUGGGAUAAAUUGAGUUGUUCUUGUAUGGUCAAAUGACCCAGCACUAGGGAUCAGGACAAAUGUGUAAAGCAAUGGAAAGUACAAGAUAGCACCUACUCCUGUAGUCCCAACAGUGAUGGGGAACAAAGCCAAGUGGCGUUAUUCAGUGGGAUGAGCACUGGCCAGCUCCCAAUCCCACCUCCAAAUAGCUACUCAUUUGCUGUUGGACUUUAUUUUUCUGUGUCUUUUUCCUGAUCCAUAACUAGGGACUUGGGCUCAGUGACCUCUAAAGCCCUUUUUGAAGUUUCUUAAUUGUAAAACCCAUUAUUCAGUCUUUGGCUUCAAAGAGGAGAAGCCAGUUUGAAUCUAUUUCCUUCCUCCAAAACACUGGACCUAAAGAGACUGAGCUUUAGAGGGUGUCACCCAUGUCAAGGGAGAGUCCCCAGUGUUUUCAGAUGAGUAUGGGGGACCAGUGGGCUUGAUGGUGGCUCUUGGAAAGACUUUUUCACUCAAGCAUGAGUAUUCCACCCCACCCCAGCUCCCUAACUAGUUAAGAGUUGGAACUUUCUUAAAAAGGCUAAUAAAAUUCCCCUGAAAAAGGAAGCUGAGUAGAUGACUGCCAACCAGGCCAGAGCACAGCAAGAUAAGCUCUGUAGAGCAGUCUCAGAUGACAUCCUUGUGACAUAGUAAACCAACUUCGGAACUUGAUUCUUCACUGUGUCAGAUGCAACUUCCUUGAUGUGAGGUGGCUGGAAUGCUGCAGAGCCUUGAAUGCACAGACCAGACCAGUGAGGAGAGUCCUGGGCACCACCCUGCCUCAGCCCUGCACAGCAGACCCCUAGUGGUGAUGGGCUCUGACCCUGUUGUCCAGUAGGCGUCCUCUGGGUCUAGAAAUCCUGCCAUUUCUUCCUGGAAUUGCCUGAACACUCAAUGAUCUGUGGGCUAGUGCUUCCCGCAGUGGCUUGAUGCAUGAGUGUUUCACUGUGUUGGAGGUCUCCUCCACCUGCUGUGCGUCUUGGGUGGCCAGACUCGAUUUCUCCAGUCGCGCCCGCCCUGUGUGUCCUGGGACAUCCGGGCUGGAAGGGCAGCUGCACGCACACUGACUCUUGGACAGGUUAAGAGACGACCAUCCAGCCAUCCAUCUUCCAUUGCACCAACACCCCCACUCCCCCCAGUCAAUAUGUCUCUCUCCGAUGGGAAAGUUAAUAAAUUUUGCUCUAGAUUAAAAGUAUUGAUCAUUUCAUUUGUAAACGAUAAAUAAAAAGGGGGAACUUUUCAUUGCACCAGGGGUAGCGUCUGGUGUAUUUUGCUGGGGAAAUUGUGCUGGCUGUCGGGGGGGUGGGCUUCUCAUAUGCAUUCCGGCCGGCCAGCUGCAUUGAUUUCCUAUUAGUCUCCCAGCACCACCCAGUAACACAUCAUUUCAGUACCUGCUAUUAAUGGUCUUUUGAUAAAUAAUCACUUGUAAGUCAAUAAAUUUUUAUUAAACAGUGUGGC